UCCUACCUGUUUUUGGUUGGAUGUUCCUUUCUUAUUGGAGCUAGCUACACCAUCUUUACCAGCCUCAUCACUCCUGUUCUGAGUGACCAGUUUGGGUUCAGCAUCAAGUACACAUCGUACUUUUUCGUUGUAGUAUCUACUGCAUACUUUGGAAGCAGUAUUUUACAGUGAGUACACUGGCAGUUCAGUUGUUUUUAUGUUUACUUCUUGUGCAUGUCAGGCUAGGGGCCAAGUUGGCAGGUGUUGGUAACAGGAAUAUACUGGGAUUGAGUCUUGUUCUGGUUCUGGCUGGAUCUCUCCUGUUUGGUGACUGGCAGUCCAUUGGACCUGACCCCUGUACCUCCUUCUCCUCUAAUGCCACUGAGAGAGACUGUGGGGAGAUAUCCUCUGUCUUUGGAUCUGGUAGUGGAGCAGGAGACGAGGCAUUCCCAGUAGGACUCUCUGCUGCCAACACAACAGCCGUCCAGGAGCUGGUGGAAGGUUGCCAGGCUCUCAGUGGGCCCAGUAAUGCCUGUUUCUGGAACCGACACUCUCGAGUCACUGGAGAUUACUGCACUGAGUGUUUGGGGACAUGUCUGAGCACAGAAAGGUCUCAGAACAUCUACCAGCUGAGCUUGGCUGUCAUUAUCCUCUCCAUUGGUGCACCUCUUGGUUUCACCUUUGUCCCUGCCAUUGCAUCAGACAUAACGCCUCUGAAUUCCCAGGGAAUAGUAAUAAGCGUGAUGCUCGGUGUUGGAUUGUUGACAAGAGCAGUCACCCCUUUUUUGUAUAUUCAGAGCUAUGAGGUGACAGGGAGACACACCUACUUUGCCAUGGCUAUUGUGUCUGGGUGUGCAGUACUACUCCUCCUGUCACUGCUGGCUCUCUACAAGAGGCUGGCUCCCAUUCCAAAGACAAAUGCCGUAGCCAUCAGUGUAACGGGAAAACUCGGUUUUGAGGUUGAAUAAUUUUAAUAUGGACUUUCAUGCAGUUUGUAAUUUUGCAGUGAAAUGUUA